UUGGGAGCAGCAGCUGUUUGCACUGUGCGCAUCCUGCUGCGCAGUUCCUGGUUGGCGCCUUCGGCGGCAUGAGCCUGCGGAGCGGCAUGGACACGGCCUGUGAGCUGAACUUCAAGGUUGUGGGCAGCCCCCUGGGGAGCAUCGAGCUCUCGGCCUGCAGGUGCGGUCUGCACGGGAUUAAGCUGCUGGGACAGAAUGCGCCUGAAGACCACCCCUGUGUGGUCCAGCGUCCUCCAGAGGAGCUGCCCGAGCCACUGGCCUGUUGCGCAGCCUGGCUGGAGACGUACUUCCAGACGCCCGCCGCCAUCGGGACCGUCCCAGUGCCUGAGCUCCACCACCCGGUGUUCCAGACAGACUCCUUCGCCCGCCGGGUGCUGUGGAAGCUGCUGCAGGCUGUCCAGGUCGGGGAGGCUGUCUCCUACCAGCAGCUAGCGGCUCUGGUGGGCAGGCCCAAGGCCUCGAGGGCGGUGGGCAACGUCAUGAAGAACAACCCCGUGCCCAUCCUCAUCCCGUGCCACCGGGUGGUGGGCAGCGGAGGCAAGCUGGGCGGCUACUCCAGCGGACUGGCUGUGAAGCAGUGGCUGCUGGCCCACGAGAAGGGUGCAGGGCCCCACCAGGGGACAAGGACAGAUGCAACCCCCACCCGAGCUGGGCACCAGGAGGCGCCAACCCAAGCGGAGUACAUGAAAUCGGGAUGACCAGAGUGGCCGGGAGUGCGGGUGUCCCUGAUUAAAGCCCAGCGUCCUGGCAGCACA